GUUUGCUCAUGCAUUGUGCUACUUGCCUUGGUUGAGAAAUUUUUGCUUCCUGCACCGAUACAUUACACAUCCAGAAACAAGUUGAGAGAAAGAAAGAGGGUUCGCUCGCUGUGAAAGCAAGGACAUUGACAGUAAUGUUACCAUCUAGUACAACCAAAAUAAUAGUUAUUCUAUAGAGGAGAAGGAUUAACUUUCGACUGCACGGACGAACAUUUUUACGCAUUCACUAGCCAAACUGUUCACGCACAUCGUAGGUUUUGCAACGAAGAGGCAGAGGGAAAAGAAGACAGGCUAUUAAACCCGUUCGUUUGAAACCCUUUUAGCUAACAUACCUCCGUGAUGUCGGAGCGAGGAGGGCUCCCGCGGACUGGAGGUGCCCCUUCCCCGCACGUGCAGCCCUCCAAACCGGUCACGAUCACCUCGAAUCGCCCGGUCCACAUGAACCUCUACGCCACCUGGGAAGUGGACCGCUCUUCGCCAAGCUGUGUGCCGAGGCUGUUCAACCUGACGCUGAAGAAGCUGAUCAUGUUGAAGGAGCUUGAUAAAGACCUCACCUCCGUGGUCAUCGCUGUCAAACUACAAGGUUCUAAGAGGAUCCUGAGGUCCAAUGAGAUACUGUUGUCUUCCGCGGGGCUGACUGAGACAGAUCUUCAGCUCACCUUCUCUUUACAGUACCCCCACUUCCUGAAGAGAGAUGCCAACCAGCUUCAGAUCAUGCUCCAGCGGCGUAAACGUUAUAAGAACCGAACCAUCCUGGGCUACAAGACCCUGGCUCUGGGACUCAUCAACAUGGCUGAGGUGAUGCAGCACCCCAGUGAGGGGGCCCAGGUUUUGGGGCUCCACAGCCAGUUGAAGGAGGCCUCUGUACCCGUGGCGGAGGUCAGGGUCUACUCCCUCUCCAGCCAGCCCAUCGACCACGAGGGACCCAAGGCCAAGAUGUCUGAUCGUUCUCCAGACAUUGAUAACUAUUCUGAGGAAGAGGAGGAGAGCUUCUCAUCAGAACAGGAGGGCAGUGACGACCACGGCCAGUAUCUGUAUGAUGAAGAGGAUGAGGUGAGGAAGAAAAAGCCUAGACGGAAGCUCACCUCUAACACCUCCAUCACUAGACAACCCAACAUCAAGCAGAAGUUUGUGGCCCUGCUGAAAAGAUUCAAAGUUUCAGAUGAGGUGGGUUUUGGUCUGGAGCAUGUCUCUAGAGAACAGAUCCAGGAAGUGGAGGAGGAUUUAGAUGAGUUGUAUGACAGUCUGGAGAUGUACAACCCCUCUGACAGCGGACCAGAGAUGGAGGAGACGGACAGCAUCCUCAGCACACCCAAACCUAAACUCAGGCCGUUCUUUGAGGGGAUGUCUCAGUCCAGCUCUCAGACAGAGAUCACCAGUCUGAACAGCAGAGGGGGGAGCCUGGGACGUGACGCCUGCUUCAACCCUCAGGGGGAGCAGAUGAAACACUCUCACAGUCGUAACCUGGAGGUAGAGGCCCUCUCUGAGACAGACACACUGGAGUUGAACGAUCAGGAGAUGUUUCCAGAGGGCCCCUGCAUUAAGGUGUCGAUGGCUGAGAAACCCUGUACGCCCCUGAAGAGCAGUAAGAGUGAAGGAGGACAGACUAUGCCCUCCCCCAGGUUGGACGGCGGAGGCCACACCCCCAAACAGAAGAGACAGAGCAAUACUCCUAUGAAGGAGAGACAGCUGUCUAAACCAAUCAGUGAAGGGGCGAAGACCAACAUCUCUGACAGCGAGAGGUCCCCCGAACUGGGACACAGCUCACAGGUCCUGAGGAAGGCGGUGUAUGAUCAGCUAAACCAUGUCCUGCUGUCUGACUCUGCUCUUCCUGAGAGUCUCAUCCUGGUCAAUGGCACCGACUGGCAGGGCCAGUACGUGGUAGAGCAGCUGCAGGUACAGAGGCACCCGGUGGUGUGUACGUGUUCAGGAGCUGAGAUCCAGGCGGUGCUCUCUGCUGUCCUCACACGCAUCCAGAAGUUUUGUAACUGUAACUCGUCCAUGCCCAGGCCAGUCAAGGUGGCAGUGGUGGGCAGUCAGAGCUACCUCAGUGCCAUCCUGCAGUUCUUCGUCACCCAGCUGGCCAGCAAGACUUCUGAUUGGCUCAGCCACCUGAGGUUCCUGGUGGUGCCCCUAGGCUGUCAUCCUGUUGCUAAGUACCUGGGUGCCCUAGACAACCGUUACAGCUCUGCAUUCUUAGAUGGGGCGUGGGGAGACGUGUUCAUCCACUCUGAACCCCCACAGAAAGUCCAGUUGGACGUGGCAGGUAGGAUCUCUCAGUACAUCAGCGGCGCCACAGUCACACACCAGCUGCCCAUCGCUGAGGCCAUGCUUACCUGUAAACACAGGACGCACGAUGAAGAUUCCUACCAGAAGUUCAUUCCCUUCAUUGGGGUGGUGAAGGUUGGUCUGAUUGAGCCUGGUCCAUCCUCUACUGGUUGCCUAGGAGACACAGAAGAGGGUGUGGCAGUGAGCCUUGCUGUUCCCUCUACGUCCCCUCCCUCCCACAGCUCUCCCGCUGGGCUGAUCAAAGAGGCUGCCACUCCCCCCUCCUCUCCCUCCAUGGGCAGUGUUCUGGCAGUACAGGGGAGCCCCAGUAUGCCUCAUGGUGUGGACACCAUCGGGCUGCAGGUGGACUACUGGCUGGCAUCGCUGGCGGAGAAGCGACGUGAUGGGGAACGGCGUGACACGGGCGGUAAGAACACCCUGAAGAGUGCCUUCAGGUCCCUGCAGGUCAGCAGGCUACCAGGAGGGGGCAUCAGUGAGACCCAGGCCCAGGUCAGCACCAUGGCCAUGACGGUGGUCACCAAGGAGAAGAACAAGAAGGUUCCCACCAUCUUCCUGGGUAAGAAACCGAAAGAGAAAGAGGUAGACUCUAAGAGCCAGGUCAUCGAGGCCAUCAGCAGACUCAUCUGUUCUGCCAAGCAGCAUCAUACCAUGUUGAAAGUGUCCAUAGACGGAGUGGAGUGGAACGACGUCAAGUUCUUCCAACUGGCCGCCCAGUGGCCCACACACGUCAAGUACUUCCCUGUUGGACUGUUUGGUUACAGCAAACCCCCCUCCUAGGGUCCACCCUUUACCCCUCCCCCUUGGCCCCCUUGCCUCACCCAGUACCAUCCCACCUACGCACACAGACCCCGCCUCUCAGAACGCCAUGGCACUUGUAUUGGUCAAUCACGAUGGAGGGUUGAGGGGCUGGACGUUUUUUCUAUAUUUGUCUUAUUUCUCUAUAAGGAGGGAGGGAAAGAGGGAUGGAGGGAAUGGGUGGAACGCUACUUGUCACUUUAAUGAAUUAAAAUGCCCCUCUCUCCCAGUGUGGUGUGUGUAUGAGGGGAACACAGCACAAGAUAACUAACUGCCGUUCAACUAACCGCAACGAUGAGAUGCAACCCCACGAAUAACUCCCAUUAUGAACCUUUGACCCCUGACCCUUUAACCCUGACCAGGUCAUUCUCUUAUCACAUUGAACCUGCCAACGGUCAAUCCGUGCUCUAACCCAGACCUGCAUGCUGUAAACUCCACCAACCACGUGCCAGUUAUAACAAGAGCAUCAUAUUGUGUUAACAGUAAUGACAUGGUUAUUAUGGGGUAUGGAGGGGAACUGUGCAUGAGAAAUGGAACAAACAACAGACAACACCUAGAGUAGCAAUGCUUUUCCUGCUCCCUAAAUACAAGAAAAAGCUUUUUUCUCACCAAUGAUAUACGUUGAUAUGAUAUGCAUAUGAAGAGUAAAAAAUGUAAACGUUCCGCUUCGAUGUUGUAAACAACGUUGUAACUUUCUGUGAACAGCACAGUCCAGUCCAGUCCAGUCCUCCAAAUUCAGAGCUCACUGUUUGUCCAAACUCUACUGCUGUCUGUAAGGCUUGUCUCUUUAUCAAUCAGUUAUUGUUGUCAGCAUUGUUCUCUUGAUUGUAUUAAACGACGAUGUGUUCUAAGCAACACACUAGUCCUCUUGGCAUCUAAAAUGAGCGCUGAGCAGUCGUGAGUAACGUAGCUCUGUGUCACCUAAACUGUAGCCCUAACCCCACCUGUGCAGUGUAAAGUAUUAUGACCAAUGUCACGUAUUACAAUGCCAUUGUGUCCAAUUUUGCUGUUAUUAUAAUGAUUCUCAUGGUAAUUUGGAGGUAGAAGGUUUCUCAGUAGUGACGUCAACAUCUCGUGUAACUAACUCAGUAUCUGGUCCUGUUCUCUUUGGGGGGGGGCUCUUACAAAGCAAGGGUUUUGCACCAAGGCCUUCAAACUCACAGAGAAUGAAUACACAGCUAUGCAUGUUCCACAAAUAAGUCUGAAUGAUAGCAUGCAAAGAUUUCACAGUACGAGGAUGCAUUUCCAACAAUCAUUGGAGAUAUCCCCUGAACUUCAUUUGAAUGCAGAUAAUAUUCAUUGAUUGCGUCUUCGUUUAUUUGAUCUCGCUGUCGUCAGAAGCUUUAUUAUUUAGGAACACUCCAUUUUGGAAGUUUUAAACCUAUUUUAUCAGUGAAUGUCUCAUUUAAUUCGGGAGAGAAAAAUUGAUAGCAGGAGAGAUAGCUGACUGUUAAUUUACAAAUGAAACCCUUUUUAUAGCCCAGAACCAGCUGUUACUUCACUAGAGCAUUUUCUGUUGUUCUUGAACACAAACACACCAUAAUAAUCUCUCUCCAAACUCCAUAGUCAGUUGACCUUGUAACUUUGUAACCUGUGAGCUUGGAUACUUUGUGCAACUUCCCUUGUGAGUACCAAAGAGAGAUAUGGCCAGGGCAGUGGCACUAUUGAAAGCAGACCAUCAAACUCUGCUGCUCUUAUUACGUGUCACUGCCCACCAGCCAAGGGCUAGACCCAGACCCAUAUCUUCAUCUGGACUUGGACUCUCAUCUUUUAACUGAGACUGUAUCUAUGUAUGUUAUGUACAUGGUUGUAUCUAUGGGAGGGGCGUAUGAUGUGUAGAUGUGUCUCCUUAACCACAGAUCUAGGAUCAGAUUACCAUGCCCUCCAGUUCUAUCCAUAACCAUUAGGGGGAGUUAAAACUACCUGACCCUGAAUCAGUCGUUAUGGGCGACAUCUACUGCCAGAGCUCCAACUGCUCUUUGCCUUGUAGCGUGUUAUUAGCAUAAUAAGGAGUGUAAGAUAUGAUUCUAUUUGAACUGCUUUCUCUUCAUAGGGGAAUCAUAAGUAUUCAACGAAAGGGACUAAAAAAAUCACUGCCAAAAAUGUCUGUUACAUGGAUAUAACAGCCAAGCUGACGAGAGGGUGUAGAUAUAGGUGUUCAGUGUUUUUGGUGACAACAACAAAACAAAACUUUAAAUAAUGAUUCUUGUUCCAAAAUAAUUUAUUUCAAUGUUAGAAAAAGAUUAUGUUACCAUGAAACAUUCCACUGUUUUACUCUGUCUCUCCUCUCCCCCUGUUCACAGUUCAGUCCCUGUCUUUCUCCGGUCUCACCGUUUACAUGUUGUUUGUUGUUUUUCCUACCUUCUCUAGGCCUAUUCUUCCUGUUGACUGUGGUCUCUAACUUUACCUGCUGUGUGUUAACCUGUGUCUCUAGUUGUACUGACCUGUGGUUGCUGUGAGGGUUUUCAUGACUAACGUAUAGGGACAGGGUUGUGACUAAAGGGAGUAUAGUCUACAACCGGAAGUUACUUUUCAUAGCAGGUUAGGAGAAAAUUUGAGCUAAUCCUAACCUUUUUCCUAACCUUAACCUAAGUAUCCUAAUCUGCCACUUUAAUUAUCCUAACCUGCUGCUUAUUUCUCCUAACCUGCUACGAAAAGGUAACUUCCGGUUGUAGCUGUACUCCCUCCAGUCAGAACCUAGGGACAACAGUUAUUCCUGACCAUGUGACUUAGAACAACUCUGGGCCCUGGUUAUAGUCUAUACCAGAGACGGAAGAGGAAGCAAGACAUCCCGCUCCCUAAUUUUUUUCUGGUUCAUAUACAGUCAAUUAACUAAGUAGACCAGACCCAGCUGCUAUCACAUAAGAUAUCUUCAUUUAUCCACCGUCUUUGGUCUAAACCUAUAACCAGGGCCCAGACUUCCUGAUCAGGUCACAUGAUCCUGAAAAACACCUGUCCCUAGUGAAGGGGAAGAACAAUAUGAUCUAUUAAUAAAUCCCUUAAAUGAUCAAUAAUCUCCUUCCUCUCCUCUAUCAUCACAAUGUGUUUCAGAACAAAUGGAGUGAGAGAUCUAGAACAAACCGUAAGAUCUAGAGUCUCUGCCAGGAUUCCACAAGCUUUGCUUCUAAUAUAACCCAUUUGAAAGGAUCUCCCUGCUUGUAACAUAGCAGCCUAUCACAGAAGGGAAUCGUUUUUUGUGUAACACUGCAUAGACCAUAGUUAUGCUUGGUAGCUAGUAGUUUGAGGGGAGGAUUCUAACGCUUGUGGAUUUGGAGAGUAUUUUUGCACAUGCCAUUGUUUCUUCAGCAGCUUUUUUGCCUAUAAACAAUAAUAAUGCUUGUACAUACAAAACAAAUGUACUUCUGUAAUGUAUCUUAGUCCUUGUUUUUUAUUUGAAAUCUUUUGUAGUACUGCUUUUUUAUGUUUAUGUUGUGCGAUGGAAAAGUGGAACUGUUCAUUGUUUUGUUUUUUAAAUAAAUACUCCUGAUUUUUA